CAACACCACUUGCGCAUUCCCUAGCGACGGUGCUGCUCUGAUGGAAUUCCUCAAAUCCUGCAGCACCAACGCGCAAGCCAUCGGACAAUACGACGCCGUUGUUUUCCAGGCCAUUUCGGUCGUGCGCGACCCCGCAACUGCGCAUGCCGCCUUUGAAUGGUCCUUGUCGGACGAUAUACGCGCUGCUGAAGCGGAAAUACGACAUGCUCGGCAUCUAGUUGUGCAAGAUGCUUCGAGACCGUGGCUAUGGCUUUUCCGGUCCGCACCAGCCCAAAACUUUGGCCAAAACCCCUUGCAGCUUCCCGUGGUGCCGGGCUACCAAUUUCACCGCGAACAAUGUGGUUACAUGAAAGCCUCAGAGCUGGCGCGCCCACCUAUGCGAAGCCCAAAUCAGAACACGCCAUCGGCGGCCUCCAUAGCCUCUCCUAUGAUUUCUGGGCACCCUAAGUCUGUUCACGCGGCCGGUAGCAGACUACAGCACGCGAGCUUCCCACCGGGAAGCACGUCCGACCAACAACAGCAUGACACCUUUGUCAUCUACGAGCUAUUCACAUCUGCUAUUGUCGCACUACUAGUGUAUUCCUUAGUGAAGGAUCACCAAGUGGUUGCGCUCAACUACCGCACAGUUCUAUCUACAGCGGCAACACCGCAUCAAACGGAGUCUACUCCAUCCGGACCCGAUGCAAACCCUCUAUCCCCGAAUCGUCUCACUAGUGUAGAUGUGUUUUGGGCUAGCUCCGGUACUGUGGUGGUUUCAACUUUUACCCUACCGCAGCCUGAUCUUCGUUGCAUGGCCGAUAUCAUAGCGGAAGAACAGAGGAAUUUGGUGGGCAAGUGCAUUCGUAUUGCGCCCAAUGGCAGUUUAGGCCAAGUAGUAAGCCUGGAAGAUCCCUUGGAAACGAUCAUCUAUGAGCGCAGCCACAAAGGGCAGCGGAAACGACCAAGAACGUCACCUUUCGAGCAGGCGAUUGAAAGAUGGAAAGCCACAGUGAAACGCUGGCUGGCAUGGAAGGGCUACGUCAUCAAGAAUCCGGACCAUAGCAGCUCUUGGGUGAGGGUUCGCAUUGCGCAGCCAAACCACCAAACGCCAUCAAGCCCUGCGGUUGCCCGCCCGCCAAUGGAAAUUCUGUGGCCGCGGGCUUUGUGCUUCUUCUACAGCAACGACUUAAACGCCACCCAUCCAUCGUCCCUGCCAGGGCUGACGCCAGGUAACGGAGACGAUGGCAUCAAGUGGUUCGAAGCUCCUACGUCGACUGGAUUCACGGAUCCUAUAGAUUCCGCGCAGCGCUGGUUUCUAGGGAAACCGGAGCGAGACAAGAUUCUGGAAGCUAGACGGAAGGUUAAGAGAGCGGAGCAAGAUGCUGUUCGGUCCAAGGAGGAAAUGCACAAUCUCCUGCCUUCUUCCCCUUUGAACUCCCGCUCUGGGGCUUACGGAGACGUUCAAGCUGCCAGCGGCGUCUAUCCGACACCGCCUGAUGGUGUCCCCCCAGGGACGGUGAUGUCCAGCGCCGAUACCCCCAGCGUUGCCGGAGUCAACGUCAUACUUCCACCCGGUGGUACCAACCCUGCAAUUAAUCUCUCCGCCCCUCAAGACGUGUUGCAGUUCGACGGGCACCAGCACGCGCCGACUUCGCCCGAUUUCGCCCUCGCAUAUGAUCAAUAUAAUGCGUCCGGAACCCACGAUGAUUUGUUCGAAGAUGCAGAAGAGGAUACAUUUGAAGCCAACGGUGUGACUGAUGCGGACUUUAACUUCUUCGACGAGCCUGAUGACGAGGACGUGGACAUGGAUGCAUCAAAUCGCGAAGACUCAAAGCAGAACAUCAAAAAGAGUAUAGAGAAAUCAGAAGCAGACAAUGUAUCUUCGAAUUCUGCCGUGAAAGCACAACCAAAAGAGCCGUUGUCUAUGCUUGAUGGUACCUCGGAAGUAACAGCCAAAACAAAUGUUCCAACUGUAGAGAAUGUCAAGCAGAGCUUAACUACAGACCAAGGAGUAGAGGCGGAAUCAAAGCCCCCGCAGAUCUCGUCCGAGCGCCUUCAGCCAAUGCAAAGCAUUGCGAUAGAUCCCGAGGCCAAGGAGCCUACUCCGCCGCUCAGUCCGCGCCUCAUUGAAGAGGCCCUGCUGCCGUCUACAACAGUCAACACAUCGAAGUCCCCAAUGAAAGCACCGAAUCUACCAAGAAACAGCGCAUUCGACCCCCUCGGUUUCAACCGCAAGAUGAGCAUAUCCGAUGCGAAGUAUCAAGCCGGAAGAUUCAACUUCACACCCGAAAAAGUUCAAAAUCGCAAGCAGUCAGAGGACGAAGCCGCCAUUCGUCAGCCUAAGAGCAUACGCGAUAUGCCGCUCCUCACCAAACUUCGCUAUGCGAUCGGAGUCGUUGCGACCAAGGGCAUGCCGGACGAAUUGUCCCCUACUGAUGUGGUGAGCGAUUCCUCCGACGCUGCUAGCGACACUUCGUCAAUAACGGACGAUAUUGAAAGCCCUGCGGUCUUUGGGCCGCCUUCUGUUCCGCCAGGCACGGCCCUACCGGCGAAGCGCAAGUUGCCGACAGAAGGCAACGCUACGCCUCUCUCCGCCACGUCCUAUGCAGACUCUUUCGGCGGAGAUUCUUUGGAGAUGACAGGGCUACAAACGGAUGAAACCGCUCUGAUAUGCCUUGAACCUACAUUCUCAGACUGGCCUUUGGUUGAUAUGCCUGCGCCCGUUGAAAUACCAUCCAGUCACACACGUUUCAGCGUACCUGUCUUCUCGCCCUUGAUUCAGUCUUCGCCCAGUACUCCAAUCUCCCCGCCCGACAUCUCCAUGGAUAUGCUAGACGAGAAACCGCUGAGUGGGAAAGACAGUAUCGCUGUAGCGCAGAUCGUUACCGAUCAAAUUGUCUCAGCAACGCUGGACAUUCUCAACGAACACGAGAGUCAGAGCCUUGACGACUUCAGCAACCACAUACCCUCGGAGGCGGUUUGGCACGAAGCCGUUAAAGACAUUUUUCCUAGUGCGACAGACUGCACCGUUUCUGAUUUCGCGGCUGUUCAGGACGUCUUUCCAGAUCUUCCCCAAGGCAAAGGGCAACAACGACCACCGCCCCGAAAACCAAAUGAAGGGCCGGCUGCGUUGAACCAUCAUAUGCACGUGAUCAGCCCACCCUAUAUACGUGUGCGGCGAUCAGACGUCCUGUGGGAUCUUCUUCCACCUGCCUUGGCAUUCUGGGAACCGUUGGGCCUCUCGCCUUGCAGCCCAGCCAAGAAUGUGGUCGCGUUCGCCAUUUACCCAUACAGCGAGUCCCUGAAGCUCUGCGUUGACAAUUUCAUGGUUAACACUCAGCUUGCCUAUGAUGGCUGCCGACUGGGUAGCCACGCUCGUGUGGACACCGUGCCGGAGUACGACAGUGGGUUGGUUCCUUGCAAAAUGUCGAACCGGGCAUCCACCAGCGCGGUCUUCAAGGCACUUCGAGACACCUGCAUUCAGCUUGGUAAGAUGCUGGCUGCGAAGCACACUCUAAUACGCGAGAAAGUGGAUACCAAGAUCAACGCGUUCGUCAUCUACAUGGUCGAUCCUUUCGACAACCCGAGCGCCCUCUGGGAGCUUUGUUCUGCAUUUUGGGCACUCUUCCAAUCCUAUGGCCAAGGGCCACCUGGGCGUCCCGACCAGAUCCAAAAACCGGAUUUGGUUCUUCAAAUCGUACCCAUGAAAUGUGUUGCCUCUUUCGAAACACCAAUCAUGCUCGAUACAGGUACAUAUGCUGGCCUUGCUCGAGAGGUAUACGACCGCUGCCCUCCCAGCGCGCCCUGUGGAGACAAGACUCCCCUCAGCAUAUACGCCUCUCGAUCUUUCCAACUAGAAGAGCCAUUGCCUCGUGCCAUCCCGUUCAAGCUUAAUGCCGAAGCUCCUCACGACCUAUUCCACGAAAAUUCCUAUAUGCACCUUGGCUACGCAAUCAGUUUGGACGGGACCUGGGUGACGGCAGCGUGGACAGAUAUCUGCGGAAAAUUCCAAACAGUUGUGUCUUAUAGCUUAGCCACUCGCCCUUUUGGCGAUAUUGCUAAGGAAAUAUGGCAGACUACCAUCGAGAUUUUGCAGGCACGCAGGGUCACCUGGCGAGUUUGCAUUGCAAAAGCAGGUGUCAUGGACAGAGACGAGCUUGAAGCCUGGGUUUUUCACGUCUCGUGUCCAACUCAAGUCAAUCUUUUCAUAACCUUGCUCACGGUAGAUACUGACCCACGUCUCAAAUUCACGCCCACCCUCAACCAUUCUAUGAAAGGGGCAGCAAGCAACACCCCAGGCUCCACACCCCAAGGUCCCGUCUCACCAGAUCAGGGGCUCACCCCCGCCGCUACGCCUUCCGCCGAAACCACUGCGGACCCCACAGCAGACCCCGAAGCGCGUCUCGUAGAUGCCACAGACGAGAGCUGGGGCAUCAUCCUCGCGCAUCGCCUUCACAACUCCAACGCAACCAACGAAUUCCGUCCUGCCCUUAUAUCGGGCCUCCUCGUGAAGCGUGGGUUGUCGCCAAAUAAUACUAGUGCAACGACAAUACCCACUCCUGCACCCAAUGCCGCUGAUGCCACUACUUCCUCAGGCCCCACCGUUGUAAGCGUGAAUAUUCUCUGGAUGGGCGCAGUAAAUCCAACCCGCGCGGCCACCUCCCCUUUCCCACCCUCCGCUGCCGCCGCUACAGAAGGCAUGUCGCCCGGCGGCGUGAACAUGUCCGCUUCACCCAGCCCAAUGCCACAAGAGCGCAGCCACAGCAGUCUGACGUGGACACCCACCGUGCAGACGCGCGCAGCGGCAGAGAAUCUACUCAAAGAGGUUCUGGGUCAAUUUCGAGGCCUGGGCUUGCUGGGACGAUUGAAGGGAAUUAGAGGGACCAAAAAUGGAGCCGUGCCGUGGCACGUUGCGGUUUGCGAGCACGGGGUGAAAGGGUUGGAGCAAGUUGUUCCUCGAGCAUAA